AUCUCAAACGAGUUGACAGUUAAGCUUUUUACCAGAACAUUGCUGGUAACAUUUGCGAAAAUUUCUUGCGUGAAAUUUUCAAUUUUUUAAUAUCAUUUUAAAUGACAAUGUUGCGAAUUAUAUCCAGCCGUGUCUUACCAAAUAACAGUAACGUUUUUGGUGCACUGCAAUUGUUGAGAUUUAACUCAACAGCUCAAAUCCAUAAGGCACCCAGAGAGUUUCGAGACGUUGAGUUAAUUGGGACUGUUCAUUUGAAACCGCUAACUUUAGACAGUGGAAGGAAAAUACUCACAAUCAGAACAAAUGAUUCAGAUAAUGUGUACAAACUACAUCGAUGUUCUAUUCAAAGUCAAAAGAUUUUAAGCAUUCUCAAUUCUUGUGAUCUGGAGGUUGGUCAACGAGUUUUUCUCAAAGGGGAAUUGCGAUCAGAGAAUUACAUGAAUUUGUAUAAUAAAUUACGUCAACGGUUACAAGUACGAGUAGCUGAAAUUUAUGCCUGCAACACUGAUAAGUCCGAAGCAAAUACAUCCGAAUCAACGAUCAACAUCGAUCAAAACAGUGUAUGUGUUCUUUCCCAUAUAACAAAACUAUAUCAUGCGGAACAGUUUUCAGUUGUUCAUCUAGUCGCAAAUCGGACUAUAUUGGAUUUAGAAGGAAAUGAAAAACCGACAUCGGAAUAUUUCCAAGUCUUCGUACGUGACAAAAACUUGAUUGAACUGCUCAAAAGUGAUGUUUCUGAAAGGGAUCGAAUUAUCGUAAAUGGACAUCUGCAAUACAAGACAGACUAUGAUCAAAAUGGAAAAAGUUGUCGAUCUGGCUUAAUUGAGGCAACAAAUAUUCUAAAAGUGGAUAAAUUCACCAGAGACGUUAUUGAAGAAGACGUUAACAUUGUAAAUGAAUAAGAUGUUCAAAUAUAAAAAUUGUUUUUUUUUUUUU